AUGGCAUCAUUUAUUCCAAAGUCUUUAUCAACAAAUAAUCAAUCUGUCAAUCCAUUAAUAACUAAUCAAUCUCAUCAAUUUACUCUGUAUAUAGUUGCUGAUGGUAAUCAAGUUCAACUUGUUGAAAUACCUGAUUAUGUUAAAAAACCUGUCAUAUUUCGAAAUAAAAUUGAAAAUUCAACAAAUGCAACAUUAUGUUCAACAUCAACUUUAAAUGAACAUAAGAUGUUGAAAACAUAUGAUAGUGAUACAUCAUCAAUAUAUAAUGAUAAUAAUUCAUCAUCAUAUGAUAUAUCUGAUAAUUCAAUAACAACAACAAUAAGAUCAAAUGAAGAAUUAAACAUUUCUUCAAUAAAUAAUUCUAAUGAAAUAUUAAAUAAUAAUGUUAUUAUUAAAAAAGAACGUGAUUAUCCUGGUCUUGUAAUUAAUCAAUUAUAUCCAAUUAUGUUAAAUGAUGAUCAAGAAAAAAAUGUUUUAUUAUCACAUCCAAAUUCAUGGACGGUUUUACAAGUGGUUCAUUAUAUGGGUUCCAUGAAUUUCGGCCCGGUCCGAAAUUCCUGGUGGACUUUCGGCCCAUGA